ACGCACGUGUUUAUUUUUCUGAGAUCCUAUUGGCGGCUGUGGGAUUUGAAAAAGUUCUCUAAUGAGAGGCGGAGCCGGGAAUUUUCAAAAUCUGAGCUACAUCAACGGGAGUCUAAAGUAGGCUGAUUGCUACAAUGAACAGGCAGGGGAAGUUCAGGACGCCCCGCAGGCCUAAAAGGCCUGUGAACAACCAGAAAGACCCGGUCGGAGUCUACUGUCGUGUGCGGCCUCUCAGUGGGGGAGAGGAAGAAUGCUGCAUUGAGGUCAUCAGCAGCACCACCAUCCAACUUCACGCUCCAGAAGGGUUUAAAGUUAACCGCAAUGGAGAAUACAAAGAGACGCAGUACUCUUUCAAAAAAGUCUUUGGAGUCUCUGUAUCUCAGGUCGAGCUCUUUGAGCAUGUGGCCAGACCUCUUGUUGAUGAUCUUAUUCAUGGAAAAAAUGGUUUACUCUUUACAUACGGAGUGACAGGAAGUGGGAAGACGUUCACCAUGACUGGCUCUCCAGGUCAAGGAGGAUUGCUGCCUCGGUCCCUCGACAUGAUUUUCAACAGUAUCGGGCCCUACCAAGCUAAACGAUAUGUUUUUAAGACCGACGAUAAAAACGGAAUGGAAAUCCAGGGCGAGGUCGAUGCGUUGUUGGAGCGCCAAAGGAGGGAAAACAAUUUGCCUGUUCCAAAAACGCCUUCCUCCAGACAAAAGAUUGACCCUGAAAUGGUGGACAUGAUCACCCCUGAGGAGGCUUGUAAAGCAGAUGGCGUGGACGAAGACAGCAGCUACAGCGUCUUCGUGUCUUACAUAGAAAUCUACAACAACUACAUCUACGACCUGCUGGAAGAAACGCAGGAAGACGUAGUCAAACCAAAGUGGAAUGGUGGAGGUACUCCUGUGCGCCAGAACACUGAGUUUAUACCGCCUCAAUCUAAAAUCCUGAGAGAAGAUCAGAACCACAACAUGUAUGUGGCGGGCUGCAUGGAGGUGGAAGUGAAGUCAGCUGAGGAGGCCUUUCAAGUCUUCUGGAGAGGUCAAAAGAAGAGGAAGGUUGCAAACACUCGUCUGAAUCGCGAGUCGAGUCGCUCACACAGCGUGUUCAUCAUCAAGCUGGCCCAGGCUCCUCUCGAUGCAGACGGCGACAAUGUUCUUCAGGACAAGAACCAAGUGAGUGUCAGUCAGCUGUGCCUGGUCGACUUGGCUGGAAGUGAACGCACCGGCAGGACAGGAGCUGAAGGCACUCGGAUUCGUGAAGCAGGCAACAUUAACCAGUCUCUGCUCAAUCUGAGGACGUGCAUCGAGACACUUAGAGAGAACCAGAUGUGCGGCACAAACAAGAUGGUGCCUUACAGAGACUCCAAAGUGACCCACCUGUUUAAGAACUACUUUGACGGAGAAGGAAAAGUCAAAAUGGUCGUUUGUGUCAACCCUAAAGGGGAAGACUAUGAGGAAACUCUGCUGGUGAUGCGGUUUGCAGAGAUGACUCAAGAAGUGGAAGUGGCCCGUCCUGUCGACCGGCCCAUCUGUGGCCUCACUCCUGGGCGGCGGCACAAAAACCAGGCGUUCAAAGAGGAGUUGUGCAAGCUGGAUGAGCGUGGCGCUCCGAUAGAGACAGAUUUGACCUCCUUCAUCAACCACCUGGCGCUCAGCCUCCCACCUCUACCCUCCUGUGAGCUGACCGACCCGAGUGACGACGUCACGCUGCCCCGGCUAAUCGAUGCUCUGCACAACAGACAGAGGAUCAGACAGACCAUAAUGGAGGAAUACAACAGAGCAGCCAACACAAUGAAGUCUUUGCUCCAGGAGCUGGACUCCAACCUCAUUUCCAAAGAAAACUUUAUUCAUGAGCAAAACGGAAAGCUGAUAGAAAAGGACAAAAUCAUCCAGAACAACAGGGCAGAGAUUGAACGUUUGGAAAAGAAGGCUAAAAUGCAAGAACACAAGAUGGACAUUCUGCAGAAAACAACAAAAAUCUACGAAGACGAUAAGCGGUCUCUGCAGCAGGAGCUGGAGACCCGGGAGCAGCGGCUGCAGAGGGAGCUCGGGGAGAAGAUGCGUUUGGAGCAGCGCAUGCACGGCGCGGUUUCAGACACCCAGCAUAAGUGGGAGAAAGAAUGCGAGCGGCGAGUAAAUGCGAUGCAGCUCGAGAUGCAGAACAAGCUGUGGGUGAAAGAUGAAAAGCUAAAGCAGCUCAAAGCAAUCGUGGUGGAGAGCAAAGGUUCUGCCCGUCCCGAUCCUCCACCACGCCAGAGCCGGCCUCAAAGACCCCCCAGAGACGAAUGCCCCCCGCCAAAGAGAUCCGCCUCACCCUCUCCUCUUCCGAGCCCCGUUCAUUCUCCCCCCGUCACUCCAGUGACAGAGUUUCAGCCAGUCAGUUCUCCUAAGGUUGAGGAGGUUGAGAUGAACCCCAGGCUGGAUGUUCCCACUCCCAGCAGCGGUAGCUCUUUAUCUGUAGCUGAGUCCAUCACUUCAUGGGAGCGGCGGGCAGCUGUGGAGAACAGGCAGGGUACCCCGAGUGCUAGCACGCCUAAAAGAGACGAGUCUCCUGCAGGUUCUUCAAGCAGCAUAGAGAAGAAGACAGUGUGCUACAGGAGGAGAAAGGGAGGCUGCUUUGCAUCCCCUACCUUUGCCCUAGACCUAAUUGAGAGAAGCUACAGGACUACCACACCAGUGCGGCCUCUGCACCGGAGGUCCCGUUCUGCCGGCGCCGAAAAGUGGGUCGACCACAAGCCGACCUCCAGCCUGGAUUUGGGGACCGUCUUGCAGCCCGUCAUUCCCAACGCCAUCCAGGUGUCGGCGCCCAAUGAGAAGGCCCUGUCAAAGUGUGACAGAUAUGUGCUGACGCACCAGGAGGUCGCCUCGGACGGCGAGGUCCAGACCAAACUCAUUAAGGGGGAAGUGAUUAAGACCAGGGGAGGAGGUCAAGCAGUUCAAUUCACUGACAUUGAGACACUGAGACAGGAGCUCACCACAGCCCCAAGCCGCAAGAGGAAAUCGUCAGAAAACGUUCCCUCUAGUGGAGAUCAGCAAGAUGGAGCCUGGACUGACGUGGAGACAAGGUGCUCCAUGGCCGUGGAGAUGAAGGCCGGCUCCAACGCGGGCCCUGGUUAUGAACAUCACGGGAUCACCAAGCGCAGAAAACCCUGAACUUCAGACGGCUGCACCCCUCCUGUCCUCAAUGCUCUGAAUUUGUGCAAUAAUCUCAGCUUUUAUUAUUAUUUUAGGUAUAGUCACAAUAUUUAAAUAUUUUCCACACUUUUAUAUAUGCAAAAUAUGUAUGUAUGUAGGUCACCAAAUCUUGAUUGUGGAUAUUUUUUCUUCCAUUUUUUUUCCUUUUCUUCCUAAAGUUGUGUUACUGGGUUGAGUCACAUGUUCUGCUUAAUGCUUCCUGUGGCUUUUACCUUUAAAAAAUGUUGAAAGCAGCAAAAGUUGCUGUCUUCAAGUGCCAUUUAUGUCAUGUAUAAAUAUGUUUGUUUACCUUGAAAUCAAAUCUUUUUUGUGAACUCUUUGAAUGAAGUUGAUGACAAGUGAAGAACCAGUUGGAGCCACUAGAUGGCAGCACAGGACAUCAGAAUAUUGUAGUCUGGGGAACAGACAGGACUUGCACAAAGGUUAUCCAGUGUCAUUGUAGAUAUACUUGCUAUAAAGUGUGACAUUUCCACUUA